UUGACCCAUCUGACGUGCCACCUGUCGAACAACAGUUCCCAAAAGCCACAUAAACAAUAAUUCGACAAUGGUUCAAGGAAUCACCGUCCGAAUAUCCCACAGCAAUGAGUGUAUAUUCGAAAAAUCAACGGGAGAAGUUCCCAAAACCCUCGAAACCCUGACAAAAAGCCUGAAAGAACUCCAGAAAAAUGUCAAUGACGUCCUGACGUCCCUCGUAGACACCAAAGGUCAUGAUGCCGCCGAGAGUGGAGGAGACGAUGAUGAUGAGGAUGACAAUCCAGAACGGGUUAACCCCAAAAAAUGUAGAUUGGGAGACUGAACUGUGGAGUUGAGCACCAGAACGAGAACACGCAGACGCGGACCGGUUUCAUGGAUUAAUAAGUCAUUUAUGCUGUUCUGUAUUCGUUGAGAUAAAAUAAAGAGUUUUGAGGAAACGGGGGUAUCAUUGGUCUCUCACCGGGGAAAACUGUUUUAGUUUGAGUUUUGACGAAUCACGGGCUCGAAGGGGUUUACGAUCUGGUGGAACUGUCUGCUCACUCGUAAUAAAACGAUAAAUGACGUAAAUGAAGUGAGGACGGUUGAUAAAGUUAAUAUUUCAACUGGUGGAACCGACGUUGGAGCUCUCGCAGUUGAUAAUUGAUAAAAAAAUGUCGUCAACAAAUCCAAUAUCGAAUCAAGCGCAGCUCCGUUACCUAGUCGAGUGGUUCCAGGAGUGGUCGGAGAUGCAGCGCGGCGACUUCCUGGGUGUCCUAAUCACCUGCUGCGGUCCCCGUGACCUCGUAAACGGCCUAGUCCCGAGCAUCGAAACCCUCAACUGCAACGAAGAGGGCGCCAGGCCGGCGAGCCUCUUCCAGUGCCGAGUGAAAUUAUUCCGCGAGUGGUGCCAGAACUGGUCGCAGCAGGACAAAGAGUCCCUCCUGACGUCCAUCAAGAACAUCGACCCCAAGUUCGCGGAGAAGUACGAACGACGACUGAUUGACGGUCACGAUUACGAGGACGAGGCGGAGAACGGCUUCCCAGACUGUCCCUCGCCGGCUAAAGUCACGGAGGAGUCAUAACUGCGACUCCAGUCCCGCCGGAUCAGCUAUGGCUGUGCCAUAGGCCCCACGUACGCGCCGCUAGUUUUUUUUUCGUAGGAGAAAUUUAGCAAUCUUUGAUCUGAGAAAAUGAUUUUCUCUAUUUUUGUAUCCAAGAGCUGCUAGUCCGCUUCACUCUCGAAUUUAAUCGAACAUUCCAUCAAUCACAUUCCAUGUGUAAAUAAUGUAUUAUCAGGAGGAAUCACGACCGAAAUUGCUCAAUGCACUGAUUACUGUUCAUCUUGAUUAACAAUUUCUACAAUGAUUUUUCGUUCAACCCUAGGAUAAUCUAGACUAAAAGACCAUUUCGAGCGCGUCUUUAUUGAGAUUUUUUUUGCAAAACAAUACAUUAUUAAACCUAAUUUUCAUAAAUAUAUAAUAUAUUUUAUACGAACAUAUCACGUGUGUGUUUUACAUAUCACAGACUAUGUUUCCGCCCUUUUAGUGCGAACAAAGGAAAUCUCAAAAAGCAUCAUUUCGAUGUUCAUCAGUGAAAAAAUCGGCAGUUUUCGUAAUUCUUGUUAAUUAUUAAUGAA